UUUUCCACCGUUGAGUGGGUAUUGGUAGAAUUUUCAUCAGCGUUUCCGACUCGUUCUGCAUUUUUGUCCGCGUUUCAACGGGAAAAUGCUACCAGUCGUCGUCGUUGUUCAGCAGUACCGUAUUUUCCAACCGUUCGACACAGACGCGACUCCGCACGGGGUUUUUCUCGCGCAAAUCAACCGGAUUGUGAGUGUGCACUCGUAGACGCUCUUUUCCUCGUCGACAUUUCAGCAGAUCGAAAAGUGAUGCAUCGUUCGAGUGUAUAAACAGAGAUAUUACUCCUGCCACGUGGUGAGCAGUGAUUUAUUAGCCGGAGCAAGUCAAGUCAUUGGCGGAUUUCAAUCAGUGAAGAACCGAGAAGGAGCUGGUGGAUUGAAGAAAAUUACUUCCCAGCCAGUGGAAUGACUACCCGAGGGAUAAGGAGGAAAAAGUCAUACCUGGCAGAGAUUAAAGUAGCUGUGAUAGGAGCACCAAGCGUGGGGAAAAGCGCGUUAACGGUUCGUUUCAUCACCAAACGGUACAUUGGCGAGUAUGACCAUCAAGCAGAGAAUAGAUACAAAUAUGAAAUCAUGGUCGAUGGGGAAGCGGUGCUGUGUGAAAUUUGGGAUACCUGUCCGAAGAUCGAAGAAAACAGUGAGGCCACCCUGACGGCGGGUUCGGAGGCGGUCCAGUGGGCGGACGGACUGCUCCUGGUGUACUCCAUCACCGAUCGGGACUCGUUCAACUACAUCCGCAAAGCGAAGGAGGAGCUGCCGUGCGACACGACCCCGGUGGCGCUGGUGGGCAACAAAGUGGACAUGGUCCAUCUGCGGCAGGUCAGCACCGACGAGGGCGAAAUCCUGGCCAAGGACUUUGAGUGCAAAUUUUGCGAGAUUUCCGCCGCCGAACACGUGUACCAAGUGGCCGAGGCAUUCCAGGACCUCUGUCGGGAGGUGAUAGCUGCCAAACGCAAGUCCAAGCAGAGUUUCAUCGAAAAGAUCGACCGGAUGCUGAGUGGGUCCCGGACUUACAAUCGUGGCAAGAGUGAUAGCAUUUCACCGAAGGAUUGAGCGGACUAGCACAAAUGGUAGUGAUGGGGUGACAUUUUCAGGAUUAGACUGGCCCAGCUCAGUAUGGGAGAAAAAUAAUUUGAAAUUGAUAGUGCCAGGUCUUGAGGCUGCCGAAUGAGUUGGAAUUUUGAUAGAUUUUCUUUCUAAAUCUAGGGAGUAUCCAUUGAGAUUUACAACUUUUUUUUUUUUGCUUAAGGGCCAGUCUAAUCAGCAUGGAUGCAUACUGUGUAUAUUAUUAGCCAAUUUAAUGGGGCGUGGAGAACUGAACUCCUAUCAGUGCAGUGGUAUUAAAUGAUAUUAGUUUUGACUGGUUGUUGAUUUGCGUGGGAAAUAGAAGAAGUGCGAGUGGGUUUGCUCUAGUCAUACAAGUGUUGUAGGCUUGCCAUGUAGAAUUAAUUUAUUUGAAUUUAUCCAAAUGCCUAUGCAAACAGUGAGUGAAAGCACUGUGGGAAGCGGUCGUUUUGUGGGGGUCGUGAGCUAGCAAACAUCAUAGUGUUGCAAAUAAACCAGGCAAACAUCAGCAAACACA